AUGUUGGGCUGGGUCCAGAGGGUGCUGCCUCAGCCCCCAGGGGCCCCUCAGAAGACCAGGAUGGAGGAGGAGGAGGAGAAGGAGGCAGAACCAGAACCAGAGCCAGAGCCAGAGCCUGGCCUGGAGGCGGAGCUGGAACCAGCACCAGAGCCUGACCCAGCCCCCCAGGAGGCCAAGCUGCCCCCCGUGGAGCUGUCGGGAGGGGAGGACGGAGCUGUGGCCGCCCCAGGGCCUCAGGAGACCCAGAAAGCCGUCCCAGCUCCGCCCUCAGCCCUCCAGGCCUGGGUGGCUGUGGACCCCGGAGUGAACAGUCCCGGCGCCUGGCUGCUGACCUGGCUGAGGAAAGGCGCAGCCAAGGUCAUCCCACAGCCCGUCCACGGCCCUGCGGCCUGCUCCGAGGGCCCCGGUCAGGCGGGGGCUCAGAUCCUCGGGCACGGCAGCCCUGGGGCUUCAGAUGGAUCCAACGAGGCCUCCAGGGCAAAGGACACUGGGCCGGCGCCCUGGCUGCUCAGGUGGUUUGAGCAGAACCUGGAGAAAGUGCUGCCUCAGCCUCCGAAAGCCUCCGAGGGCUGCAGAGACGAGCCUGCAGACGCUGCCUUGGGCCCAGAGACGUCAGAGUGCCCCUUGGAAACAGAGUCUGUGCUGCAGCCCCCAGGGAGUCCCCCCCUGCCUGCUCCUGGCCCCCCAGAACCCCAGGAGAAGCCUGAGGACGAGCCUGAGGAGGAGCCCGAGGAGGAGUCCGCUCCAGAGCCCCAGCCCGGCUCCCAGGCUUCCUCCCUGCCAACCCCCGGGGACACUGCCAGGCUGAUGGCGUGGCUCCUGCACAGGCUGCAGAUGGCCCUGCCACAGCCCGUGCCCCGUGGGAAGGCUGGGGAGCAGGAGCCUGACUCCCCCGGGACGUGUGACGUGCAGACCAUCCGCAGCCUCCCGGGAGGGCCGGAGGGGCCUGAGGAUCUCAUCCUGGAAGAGGUGGACCCUCACUGGGAGGAGGACCUACCUGGGGACGGCAGCGCCAGCCCGCGGGGUGCCGAGGCCGUGGCGUCCGCUGACGAGGAGGAGGAGGAGGAGGCCGGGGCAGAGACGGCCAGGGAGUUUCCCUGGAUUCAAGAGGACAGAGAAGAUGAGGAGGAUGGGGAGGAAGAGGAAGAGGAGGAGGAGGAGGAAGAGGAGGAGGAGCCUGGGGUCCUGCUGGAUAGCUGUCUGGUGGCCGCGGCCAGCGAGGACGCGGGCGGCGUAGACGGGACGGUCUCUCGGAGGGCUUCCUGCCAGGAGGAAGCCGCAGCCGCCAGCUCAGGAGUGCCUGCCACCAAAGAGCACCCGGAAGUGCAGGUGGAAGACACGGACGCUGACAGCCGCCCCCCCACCGCGGAGGACAAGCCGCCCUCCCCGGAGCCACUGCCGCCUUCUCCUGCCAAGCCCGACACCCUCACGGUCCCGGGGCCGGCCGCGGGGACCCGCAGGAAGAGGCUGCCCUCCCAGGACGAUGAAGCGGAAGAGACCCAGGAGCUGCCACCGGCCGAGACCCCCACGGUCGCCUGGUCCGACCCCCCCACCCCGCAGGGCACCGACGACCAGGACCGGGCGUCCUCCACCGCCAGCCAGAACAGUGCCGUCAUCAACGAGCGGCUGCAGGAGCUGGUGAAGCUCUUCAAGGAGCGGACGGAGAAGGUGAAGGAGAAGCUCAUUGACCCCGACGUGACCUCCGAUGAGGAGAGCCCCCCGCCCUCUCCAGCCAAGCAGGCCCCGCAGCCAGCCACGGGCACCACGCCCGCCGCGGGCACCGCGCCCGUUGGGGAGGCGCCGGCGCAGGAGGAGCACUACUGCGACAUGCUCUGCUGCAAGUUCAAGCGCCGGCCCUGGCGGAAGUGCGAGUUCCCCCGGAGCAUCGACCCGCUGACCAACCUGAUGUACAUCCUGUGGCUGUUCUUCGUGGUGCUGGCCUGGAACUGGAACUGCUGGCUGAUCCCGGUGCGCUGGGCCUUCCCUUAUCAGACGCCGGGCAACCUCCACUUGUGGCUGCUGAUGGAUUACCUGUGCGACCUCGUCUACUUCCUGGACAUGGCUGUGUUCCAGACCCGCCUGCAGUUCGUCCGGGGAGGCGACAUCAUCACAGACAAAAAGGAGAUGCGCAAUAACUACCUGAAGUCUCCCCGCUUUAAGAUGGACCUGCUCUGCCUGCUGCCCUUGGACUUGCUCUACCUGAAGCUGGGCGUGAAGCCCCUUCUGCGGCUGCCCCGCUGCCUGAAGUACAUGGCCUUCUUCGAGUUCAACAACCGCCUGGAAUCCAUCCUCAGCAGAGCCUACGUGUACAGGGUUAUCAGGACCACGGCCUACCUGCUCUACAGCUUGCACUUGAACUCGUGCCUGUAUUACUGGGCGUCGGCCUAUCAGGGCAUCGGCUCCACCCACUGGGUGUACGAUGGCGUGGGAAACAGUUACAUCCGCUGCUACUACUGGGCGGUGAAGACCCUCAUCACCAUCGGCGGGCUGCCCGACCCCAAGACGCUGUUUGAGAUCGUCUUCCAGCUGCUGAACUACUUCACGGGCGUCUUCGCCUUCUCCGUGAUGAUCGGACAGAUGAGAGACGUGGUGGGGGCGGCCACGGCGGGGCAGACCUACUACCGCAGCUGCAUGGACAGCACCGUGAAGUACAUGAACUUCUACAAGAUCCCCCGGUCCGUGCAGAACCGCGUCAAGACCUGGUACGAGUACACCUGGCACUCCCAAGGCAUGCUGGAUGAGUCGGAGCUGAUGGUGCAGCUUCCAGACAAGAUGCGGCUGGACCUGGCCAUCGACGUGAACUACGACAUCGUCAGCAAGGUGGCGCUCUUCCAGGGCUGUGACCGGCAGAUGAUCUUCGACAUGCUCAAGCGGCUGCGCUCCGUCGUCUACCUGCCCAACGACUACGUGUGCAAGAAGGGGGAGAUAGGACGCGAGAUGUACAUCAUCCAGGCCGGGCAGGUGCAGGUGCUGGGCGGCCCCGACGGGAAGUCCGUGCUGGUGACGCUGAGAGCUGGCUCCGUGUUCGGAGAAAUAAGCCUGCUGGCCGUCGGAGGCGGGAACCGGCGCACGGCCAACGUGGUGGCCCACGGCUUCACCAACCUCUUCAUCCUGGACAAGAAGGACCUGAAUGAGAUCCUGGUGCAUUACCCCGAGUCCCAGAAGCUGCUCCGCAAGAAGGCCAGGCGCAUGCUGAAGAGCAACAGCAAGCCCAAGGAGAAGAGUGUGCUCAUCCUCCCCCCUCGGGCCGGCACCCCCAAGCUCUUCAACGCCGCCCUGGCCGCAGCGGGAAAGAUGGGCGCCAGGGGGGCGCGAGGCGGCCAGCUGGCCCACCUCCGGGCGCGGCUCAAAGAGCUGGCUGCGCUGGAGGCGGCUGCCAAACAGCAGCAGCUGCUGGAACAGGCCAAGAGCUCGGAAGACACUGCGGAAGAGGUGGGCUCUGCCGCCCCCGACCAGCCUGUACCCCAGGAACCCCCGGCCCCAGACUCUCAGCCACCCGCCUUGCCAGGGGGCGCCAAGGAGGGGGCGGCUGGUCCCCAGGAGGAGCCCUCGGUGCAGGUCCACGUGAGCCCCGGCCUGGGCCCUGGCGAACAGAUCCUGUCGGUGGAGAUUCCAGAGGAGAUCCCAGAGAAGAAGAAAGAGGCGGAGUGA